AGGAAGCGUGUUUCUUUUCCACGGCCUCCAACAUGGCGCCGACCAGGAGGUUGAAACGCGUGGCGGCUUCUCAGCCUGGUUUUCUUAAUUUAAAGUCAACUUCAGGCGCUGAAGGCUCGCUCAGCAGCGGGAGAAAACGUGUGAACAGGAAUAAGAAGAAGAACUGGAACAAACACGUCGACAUAGACGAUGUGAACGAGUUUCUAGAGGACGUGAGGCACCAGGAGAGAACCACAGGGGGUCUGCUGUCUGAGAAGUCAGAUGAAAGUUUGUUCUUUUUGGAUCUUGGACAACCAAAGAAAGCUGAACAGAAAGUAGAGGAACCCGUCAAGGGGAGGAAAGGGAGAGCGGCCCGUCCUCUGAGGAUAGAUCUGAUCCUGAAGCACGACUCCCUCGUCUCGGUCCCUAAAGAUGUUCUGGCCUACCAGCAACCCAAUGCCAAGAAACUCCGUCGCAUUGCCCAGAAGGCCGAGCAGCUGGCAGCCAAAGGCGUGGUGCCACGGAGGCAGAAACAGCUGCUGAACAGACGGCCGGUCGAAAAGACAGCCAAGAAGUCCGUGACAGAGGCCAACAACUACCCAGACAGAGAAUACUACGACAUAUGGGGACCAGAGACCAAAGACACAGCUGACCCCUGGUACCUCCAACAGACGCGCAAGAGCCGCGUCAAGCGUCCAGCGAAGUUGAAUGAGAAACCAUCUGUGCUUCCUGCUGUGGAGGUGAUCGCUCCUGGAGGAUCCUACAACCCCGACUUCUUCUCCCAUCAGGCCUUGCUGCAGGAGGCCCACGAGGUGGAGGUCAAGAAACAAAAGGCGGAAGACAAACUACAGAGACAGCUUGCUGUCAACAGAGAUCACAUAGCAACAGAGGAGACGGUCUUUAGCGAGCAGGUGGAAGGCCUGGUGGAAGAGGAGAAUGAAGAAGAUGAAGAUGCUCCUAAUGAUGAAUUCGAUGGUGGGGCAGUGGGAGCCAUCUCACUUGCAGUGAAGAAGACUGAGAGACAGAGGAAGAAAGAGAGGGCAGAAAAACUUAAGUGGCAACGGCGACAGGCCCACAGAGUGCGGAUGGAUAAGCGGCAGCAGAUCUUCCAGCUUCGCAACAUAAAGAUCUCCAUCAAACAGCAGGAGCAGGACACCCAGACCAAACAGAUACAACGCAAGGCCAAUCAAGAGGCCCAGAAAGCUCAACCCAGACGCCUCGGCAAACUCAAGUUUCAGGCUCAGGACAUGGAGGUUCAGCUGAGUGACGAGCUGGCCGGCUCCCUGCGACAACUCAAGCCAGAGGGCAGCGUCCUCAAGGACCGCUUCAAGAGUCUGCAGAAGAGGAACCUGAUCGAACCCAGAGAAAGAGCCAAGUUCAAGAGGAGGCUCAAAGUGAAGUACCAGGAGAAGAGGGCUUUUAGAGAGAUCACUUAGUGCCGACCCACAGACCACAGGAGCUGAACACAAGAAGCCUGGUAGCAUUUUAAAGCCACAAACGCAACAUGAUGGAACUGUGUAUAUAUGACUUGAUGCCCGUUGAGGGCCUGUUUGACCCUUUCAGACAAUUACAAAUUAAUUAAUAUGUCACAUCAAUUAUAUAAACUGAAAAGUGUUGGAUAUCAGUGUGGUGCAUUUCCUGUACUGGUGUGUCUUGCAUAUUUAAUAUUUCACACGUUUCAGUGGGCCUCAUGCAGGAAGCGACAUACGAACAAAUGUUCUUGUUUUGUUAGUUUCUGGGAUUCAACAAUGUUUUCUUAUUUUUGCUCUUCUCUUAAGUAAGAGAACAUUUUUCAGUGGUCGAGAGCACUCUCACCAAGAUAAGAAAAAAACCCAUCUUGUUUUCACAGUCCACAUAUUGUUUAAAAACUGCAUUCUCUGGUGGAAUCUCUCCAAUUUCUUGGGCAUGUGCCAGAGUAUUUGCACAAUACCUGCCCUUUUUAUAGUGUUUAAUGGACGUUACCCUUGCUAAUAAGAAACACUCUGAUUAGGGCUGCAUGAUUGUGGAAAAAAUAUAUAAUUGCAAUUACUUUGACUGAUAUUGCAAGUGAGAAAUGAUUUGCGAUCUUUGAGGGAAUGAUCAUUUUGACAUCAUUUUCAUUGAAAAACAUGAUUAUGGUCUGAUUUGAAGGGACAUGUACCAAACAAAGAUGUUUUCUUAAGUCUCCUGAAUAUGAUGUGUAGGCUGGGACAUCUCUGCAGCGCCAUAAUAUUUAAUUAAAAAUGGUAUUUCGAAUUUUGAUUUCCUCCUCGUGCUGCGUUUUGGAAAUUGCCGUAGGCUAUAUUUGGAUUUCAAUAAAAUUGUAUUCAAUUGUGUAGCCCUAAGUGGGAUUUAUCAUUCAGUACGCAUAGGUAUGAGCAGACUGUUGGUGGUUAAGAAUAUUUGCUGCAUCUAGAGCUAACUUCUUUUAUCACACGGCUUUGUUGAAUAAUCUAUUCUGAUUGGUCAAUCAAGGUGUUCUAUGGUCUGUUAUUUCUUUAUAACGGGCCGUUGCUAUGGGCGCAGUUCUGAUGUCGGACUCUGGAGGACCAUUUUUGUGUCAAAUUAUUUACUUAAGUAAGUAGCCGUGUAAUAAGCGGGAUAAUGUACACCUAGCAGGUCAUUGUUGUGAAAUAGACCCCUCCGUAUCAUCCUGUAAAGGUUUACUUCACAAUCGCUGUACGUUAUCCCUUACUUAUUUUGUCUCUUAACAGAAAAGUAUGGGGAAAAUUUAAGAGAAUGUCGCUGCAUGAGGCCCAGUGUGUGCGUUAUGUAAUAUGACCCCUAUCAGGAAAAGGUUUUCUGAGGGUUUAUAGUAUACAGCUGAGUCUGCUGAGGCCAGGAGUCACUGUGUCACUACUCUGCUCAUACAUGAGUAAAGACUUACAGCUUAGGUUAAUAACGGGGUCAAACACAUGAAAUAUUUCCAUCUACUGCCGGGGUAUUGGUCAGGUUCACCGUAUGUCGGUUAUCAGCACGCCUGAUAGUUCUCAAGAUGACCGCAAUUUCAAACAUGUAAACAAGCUUGUAAUAUUUCCUCACCUCCUCACAUCAGGAAGCAAUGUUUAAUAAAACAUUCAGUUUUACAAGAAA